AUGGAGGUGGAGGAUGACUUCGAUAUUUUGGAUCCGGAGAGAUUAGUGCAAUGUCCAUAUAAUAAGCAUCAUCGAAUCAGAGCCCGACGAUUUCCCUAUCACCUUGUAAAAUGCAGGAAGAGCUACCCUCAAGUUGCAAAGGAAUUGGCCACGUGCCCCUUCAAUGCCCGCCAUCUCGUUCCUCAAGCUGACCUGCGCGAUCACAUAUCGAAUUGCCAUGACAAAAGAUUCAUUGAGGAAGAUAUAGUGAGUGAGUCCAGUGACUUCCAGAGAAGGCAGAUGAAUACUGUGAGCACAUGGCAGGCACCUCCGUGCGAUGAAGACUGGGAUACAGAGUCGUUAGAGCAGCUGACUUCUCCGUUUGUCCAGGGCACGGCCAAUUAUGGCAUAAACAGUAUCGCCUUGGAGCAUAAGAAUUACCUGCCUCCAGGUUUACGUGCCCCUAAGUCCUCCCCGUACGCCGUACCGAGGAAGGCUAGCUACCCUCAAGUUGCAAAGGAAUUGGCCACGUGCCCCUUCAAUGCCCGCCAUCUCGUUCCUCAAGCUGACCUGCGCGAUCACAUAUCGAAUUGCCAUGACAAAAGAUUCAUUGAGGAAGAUAUAGUGAGUGAGUCCAGUGACUUCCAGAGAAGGCAGAUGAAUACUGUGAGCACAUGGCAGGCACCUCCGUGCGAUGAAGACUGGGAUACAGAGUCGUUAGAGCAGCUGACUUCUCCGUUUGUCCAGGGCACGGCCAAUUGUGGCAUAAACAGGGGAUGA